AGCAAAUGAUGUGAAACAAAGUACUUAUUCUUGGAAGAUUUGUUAGAAUUCCUCCUCUGAAGCCUGUGCUUAAUCAAUGUCUAAAUGUACUAGGAAAGUACACAGCUGUCCUGGAUCAGACAGGAAAGCCAAGGCCUAAAAUUGCAUAAGCACAACCAUUUCUCGCUCCUUGUAACGCAUAUGGUACAUUUAUUUAAAGUGGGGGCAAUACCAGUACUAGAAUUUGUUCAGAAUAAAUACCACCUGAUCUUUUUUGAGUUUGUGUAGUUAAGGUUUGUAAUGGUUGGUUGGUGGUCUUUUUUUUUUUUCCUAUAUUCACUUUUGUUUCUGGGUAUGUAGAGCAUUUUGAUGCAAGAAUGAUUGUAAGUACAAAAGUGAUUCCUUUAUUCAAUUAGUCAUCCUCAGAGGAUUCCUGAGAUUAUUUUUGUAAUGAUUAUGGAGCAUUUAACUUGUACAUAGAAGCAAUAAUUUAUGACAGAUCUAAUAAUUAAUAUUAGGAUGAAGCACAAAGUAGGUACCUACAAAUCAGGUCACUUCAGUUUUGGUAUGCAUGAAGCCAGGGACAGCCUCUCAAACAGUUGAAUUCUAUUUCCUUUUUCACAGUUAUAGAAGUGGAAGAGCAGAAAUGAAGACCCGACUUCUAGAACUGCUAAAUAAUUGUUCUAUCUGCUGAUUAAUAGCACCACGACAUUGAAACACUCCUAAAGUUUAGUUACCAAGAUCCCUAAGAGAAGACUUGCUUUCUUGGUUGCAAUCCAAUUUGGUACAUUCUGUCCUUUCCUCCCUUUCCAAUCUACAGAUAUCGUGUGUUUUCCAUGUUUCUUCUUUUCUGUUAGAAAGCAAGGUAUGUACCUGACCUAAUCAGUAUUUAUUUCAUCAGAAUUACCACAGAAGUAGAACAGUUGAAUUAUCCAUGUACUUUCUCGAAAGUAUUUCAUAUUUCAGCUAGGCUUGGGAGCUGCAAUAAGAGCAAACACUACCAUGUUUUGUGGGGCACCACUAAUGGAAGAUGCAUUAUGUAGGGACAAUUGCUAGGGAACAAAUUAAUUUAUGAUUAAUUAUUUAACUAAGUGAUAUGACAGCUGGGCUGCUUUUUGCAAACACAUAUAGCAACUAAUAGGCACAAAUCAGUUUUAGCGUAUUGAAAUUGACACAGGUUUUUACUGCUGCUAUUAAACACUGUUUUUUUGAUCUGAGAGCUGUUUGGCAAGGGAAGACAACUUAUCCAAGCUACUCAGCACUACUUAUUGGAUUACUUUUAUAAAAACAAAUAUAUUCCCGUGGUACAAUAUUCACACUGAAUAAAUGCCUGGUAACAUCACAGUCACCUACUUGUUUGUGGUUUGAUUCAGCUGAGGAAGUCAAUUAAUGGCUGUAGGGGAACUGCUAUGUCAUGGCCUGAACUGAUGAUUGAUUGUGAAGGGAGUGUCUGGCCAAGGAAGCACAGGUGCAAACAAUUUACCUGUGCUUCCCAUGUGACUGGAAGUCCCAUGGGUCUCAGAUCCACCCCUUCCUGGAUUCAUUUAAGGGCUAGCCUCUGGAAGGAGGGCAUUUCCUGUAUGGAGGUCUCUUCUCGAGGAGCGCUCUGUAGACAGAGGUUCUCAUCACUAGUUGGGAGCUGAAAUCCAACAAUCGAAGGUAUCUUUUUCAGGGUGAAGUUUCAGUAUCUUCAUGUCAGUGAAGAGCAGGAUACCUCUCAUUCUUCUAGCUUGUGGCUCCUUUAACCCCAUCACAAAUAUGCAUAUGCGUUUAUUUGAGCUGGCUAGAGAUCACCUGCAUCGAACAGGAAGAUACCAAGUGAUUGAAGGCAUAAUGUCUCCUGUCAGUGAUGACUACAGAAAGAAAGGCUUGGUUUCAGCAAGGCAUCGGAUAGCAAUGGCCAAACUAGCACUGGAGACAUCUGACUGGAUUCGAGUUGAUCCAUGGGAGACUGAGCAAGAGUCCUGGACAGAGACAGUAAAAGUGUUAAGGCACCAUUACAAUGAGUCAGUCAGACUGCUCCAGUCCAAGAAGGAAUUCAUGAAAAACAAACAGCCCACAGAAAGAUCUACAGAGAAUUUCCUUUCUUCUCAGUGCUCAGUUGUACCAGAACUAAAGCUGCUCUGUGGGGCUGAUUUUCUACAGACGUUUCAGACACCCAAUCUCUGGAAGAAAGAGCACAUCCAAGAAAUCUUAGAAGAGUUUGGUUUGGUCUGUAUAAGCCGUGCUGGCUCUGAUCCUGCUCAGUAUAUCUAUGAAUCAGAACUUCUAACGAAAUUUCAGCACAAUAUCUUUCUAGUGAAAGAAUGGAUUCAGAAUGAAAUCAGUUCAACACAGAUACGCUAUGCCUUGUGCAGAGGAUUAAGUGUAAAGUACCUCAUACCAGAUUCUGUUAUAGCCUACAUUGCUUACCAUAAUAUCUACACAGAAGAAAGUGAAAGGAAGAAUGAAGGUGACUUGCUUCAGCCUCUGAAGUUGCAUAAUACAGCGGUAAGCCCGCUAAAUGACAGGUCCCAUAGUUUGUGAAAUGGACGGACGUGGCUUUUUCUUCAUGAGAAGCUCCUGAAAGAUGUUUCUUCUUGAUAAGGGGAAAAUAUCAGCCCAAAACUUCCUGAGUUUAUGGUGUUGUGGUUUUUUUUUUUUUUUUUUUUUGCAUGCUGUAGUGCUUCAUAAAAUCAGCACAGUCAGCUGUCAGUCGAAUACAAAAAAACAGAAAUAAGGUUUUAGCAAUAAAUAAUAAUCUUCAGUAAUAUUUAAAGGUUGAACAUAGUACUUUCCAUAUUUGGAAUUCCUUAAUCCUAUGGACAGUUUAAGGAUGGAGAUGUUCUAUUGUUCUGAAGCAGCAAAUUGAAAUGAACAGUAACUUCCCUAUUUUUCUUAAAAAUAAAAACACUCCUAAAUGUUGACUUCUUAGGACCCCAAAUAAUUUCUGUUUCUAAAGGGUGUAAGGUAAGCUCCAAGUGAUUUUUUUCUGGCAGAUAGGAGAAGCUGAAAUAUUAAUUUUGAAAAUUAAUGCACCAUUCAUAUCAGUUUUAAGCCUCCUGAUUUACAAAUGAAAGACGGUCUCUGUCUCACUAUGUGAAGUGGAUUUCUUUGUUUCUCUGAUCCGGAGUCUAUAGCAUGUUAUCUAUUCCAGAGCCUUGUUGACCACGUGCCCUAGAGGACUGUGGAACAUUAGCCCACUUUUUAAACAGUAAAAAAAAAAAAAAA